AAUCAUUGUUUAUUGUUGGGUAGUGGGAAGGAUAAAGGCGCAUCUGUAAUACGUGAGCACCCUCUCAUCGUAACCACCUGUUGAAGGUGGGAAAGAGAAAAACUAUGGAUUCCUGAUCCCGACUACCAACCACAAAACCCCCCUCUGCCGACUCUUCCCCUCCCCUAUAAAUUCUAGGCCUUCUCUUGCCUGCCCAAAGUUCUGAAAUAUUUGGUGGGUGUUCAUCAUGGAGUCUCAGGCGCAGCUCCAAAAGUUCAGGGUCCUCAGAGUAGAAUCAGAAGAGUCAUGGGAAUUCUUCCUGUCUCAAGCCAAAGAUCAAUCCUGCCCUGUUGUGGUUCACUUUACUGCAUCUUGGUGUGCGCCGUCUAUUGCUAUGAAGCAUUUCUUCGAGGAGCUGGCUCUGAAUUUCCAAGAUAUUCUCUUUCUCUUGGUCGAUGUUGAUGAAGUCAAGGGGGUUGCAUCGAAGAUGGAGGUAAAGGCUAUGCCAACAUUUAUAUUCUUUAAUGGGGCAAACCAGGUGGAUAAGAUCGUCGGUGCUAAUCCAGAUGAGAUUAAGAGAAGGGUUGCGUCGUUUGCUCAGUCUUUUCGUGCACAUAGUUAAGACUCGAUGCGUGUCUUUUACGUCUGCUUACAUGGGGAAGUGUUCACAUGGCUCUGCGGACCUUGUAUUGAUGUGUUAUGUAUGUUUAAUAUGUAAAGUUCGUACAUAAUAUGGUGUAAACUUGGUAUUUUAUUUGUUUAUUUAUGAAUAUUUAACCUGAUAUCGAUUUGCUCGAGAACUUCGUCUCCAUUCCUAUGCUUUCGUGAGAGGCGUGUGAAUUUAGAAUGCGAGGAAGAAUAUACUCGAUAUUAUAUUUGGUGUUAGGAGAGAAGAUCACUUCCUUGUUUCUAAAUAAGCCGCAAGUUUAUUUUCUUCUUUUUUUCAAAUUUUCUCGUCUAUUGUGCUUUAUAACUAUAAAUGUCUUUCGCGCAAGGGGGGAAUCCAAUGCUUUCAUAAUAAUCGUAAAUUUCAAUAAAGUAACUAUAAUUAUGGUCACCACGUAAUAGGUUCUAUAAAACCCAAAACCGCCUGUGCAUGUGGACUACGAGAAGGUUCGGGAGAUGUUGAAGUGAGCAUUAAAGGGGAAGACACAAUCAAAUCAGUUAUGUUCAGAAUAUUAAUUUGAUAUCAGACCUGAGCUCUUGAUCCAUAACCCGGCCCUUGAAUAUAGCAUCCAGAUACAAAGUGUGACUAUUCUUCCCGAAUUACCUUUGUGUUUGAUUGUAGUUGUAUGAGCAUGCAUGCGUGAAUGAAAUUUCACUCGCCCAAUACAUCUCAAAAGAGAAAUUAAAGGUUACGAACCUUGGAGAAAAGCUGUAGUAAAACAUAGCCAGGCAUUGAAACUUAAAAAUGCUACAACUUCAGGGGCUACUUUUUCUGGGUAUCCUACUUUUUUCAGAAAGAUUAUAUCAUCUAUCAAUCGAUAAAAAUACAAAGGACUCUGUACUGCAUCAGGAUAUUAAUAAUAUAUUUUUUUUUUGUGAAAGAAUUUUGAAUACAAGUACACAGCAGGUGCCUACGAAUCCCGGCUGAUACGACUAAGAUGAAAAGUGAUAUAUAUCUAGAGUAUUGCUAGGGUCUUGGCCCGCAGGUUUAACUAUAUGAUGCCGGCUGUUGGCCGGGCCAUAUCCCCUGACACGGGCCAAAACUUUUUGUCAGUCGUGUUCUGGACGGAACUUCCUCGUGGGCUCAAACAGAAGCUUGGAUAAUAGGCUUCACCCUCUAUCCGUGCUUGUAGCCCGGUUAUAGGUGAUGGCUAUGGACAGUGGGGCUGCCUCUAUGGCUCUGGUUUGGCGUCUGUGUGCAUCAGUUAGAGCAAUACUGUGUACAGAUGUAGGUGACCACUAUAAAAGAUGAAUGACUGCAAAUCCAUGGCUGGCAGACUGUGAGUCUUUGGUUACGUUCCUCUGCGGACUAGUGGGGAUUCAGUCCUUUUCAGCGAUGACAGUGUCCCUCCUAGUCUAUUCUUCUUACUGUGGCCUACGGACCUCGGGUUUGUCGAUGUUCAGGUCGUGGGGCAACUGAGAACAGCAGUGUUGUGUAAAUACUCUCCUGUGUUGGAAAGGGCAGUCUUGAAGCUCAUCCGCACCAUUUUCCAUCAGUGUGAUAUCUGGCAUGUCAGACACAGAGCCCACUCAGUCCUUUUACGUUCGUUUACAGUCUGCUCAUUUUCCGAAGAUAGACAUGCAGUUCAAUUUUCCAAAUUACGGAUGUAGGGAUCAUAGGCCAAGUUGUAGCUUAGCUGGGUGCUUUAUGAGCGACGUUGUUCUAAUUAAGCUGGUUUCUGCACUUGCAACUCCACUUUAAUAUAGAAAUCAGAAAGUCUGACGAGCAGGGUACGUCUGAUUCCAUCCUCAUUUAAUUCCCUCGAUUGAGAUUAGUCUCAUGUUAUGGUCAUUAAUGCGUCUCUCGUUUGGACCGAGCUAUCGGCUUUAGCUAUAUCUGAAGUUACUUGGACAUUGAAAGGAAAUGAUAGACGCACUUUUGUCCCUCUGGGAAAGGGGUACAGUGGAAUCUCCACCUGCAAUUCCGUAAGUACAGUCCCCUUUUUAGCCUUUUGGCAUUUUUCCUUUGCUUUACUCCAUGUGUUUUCCCGUGACCCCAUCUCUGCUUUUUACCACUCUUUACUUAGAGGGAGACAGACAGAGAGGCGUUCCAGAGGGAACUGCCGUUUCUCUUCUCCCCUCCAAGAGGAGCCAUUAACUCGAUCUAUCAUUUCAAUUUUCUUCUGUUGAGGAAGUGAAGAAAGAGAGACGAGGAAGAAGAAGCAACUAGAAAGGGAGUUACGAGUUCUGCAAGGGGGUUGGAAGUGAGGAGGGCUAACGAAAAUGUGCUAUGUGGGGAAGGCUUCAAAGAUCUUCAUAGGGAUAGUAGUGGUUCUGGUGAUUGUGGGAAUGAUAGUGGCGUUCCGUUGGGUCCGCCACGAGCCCAACCACAAGAGCCGCCAACAACAAUGUGAAGGCAACAGGUGCUCCCCUCCAUCUUUCUACCCUCAACCCAUCCCAGCAACCGCAGCAGCAGCACCACCCUUUAGCACUCCUACGCCCCCUGGCCCUCAAGCUGGUAGCGCCCUUAGUCCAGUGCCUCCUUGAGCCAGGUACCCCCACCUUCCCCUUGUCUUCUUUCCUCCUCUUUUUCUUGUACAAAGCCUCUCUCUCUCUCUGGCAAUCCUUCUUUGGCAUUGGAGGGUUUGUUUAGAUCUGUUUUUUCAUUUGUCUGGAUGUUGGUGUUGAUUGCUUUUGGGGCUUGAGAUUGUGAGGUGAUAAUGCAUGGGUUGUCUUAAUAGUUUCAGUUUUGGGUCUCACUUUUCAUGCUUGAUGUAAAUGGCCGUGAAAUUUGAGAAUGUGCAAAUGAGGGCCUUUUCUUUAAUUUGAUACUUUCAGUUUUAGGUCUCAAUUUUUAUGCUUGAUGUAACGGGGGUUUUAUUUGAGAAUGUGCUGAUUUGCCGCUUGUUUGGUCUCA